AUGUCACAAGAACAAGGUCCAUAUCAAGGCGCUCCAGAGUCAGCAUUAAGUGCUGUCCCUUCUGAAUUAAUUAAUGAUACCGCUGUGUUAAGUGUUGAAGGAAGUGCUGUUGAUUCAUCAGUCCAAAGUGAUACAGGUUCUCCAGAUAUUGUUGAAAAAGGCGCUAAGAUCAAUCCAAAACGUUUAUUUGUUUCCAAUAUUAGUUAUCAAACUACUGAAGAUGAAUUGAAAGAUUUAUUAAAUGAUUAUGAAAUGUAA